AUGCCGUCAACCUCCACGUCUGCUCGACCUGUCCGGCGAUUGCACCUUAAUACUCUUCUCAUUUACUACAUCCCAGUCUGGCAGCAAGUCGUUCGCAAUGCCAGCGCUGCCUCGUCCGGCAUCGCGAUGCUUCCAUUCAUUCUGGGCGUCGUCAUCAUGGCCGCUUUGGCCGGCAUCCUCGUUCCGAGAGUCGGAUACUAUGCUCCAUUCAUGUUACUCGCCUCCACGAUUAUGCCCAUUGGAGAAGGUCUCAUGACAACCUGGACGGUGAAUUCCGAUUUCUCCCACUGGGUCGACUUUGACCGAAUUUAA